UACACUGCGGUGGAAGUAGCAGAUAAAUCAGGGAAGUCCUUAUUCCGUUAUAUAUCCCGCAAACACAUUAAGUACUUACCACUGUCAAUGUGUUCUAAAAUGAUUCACAAUAUAAUUAUAGGGUUAGGGGCCAUAAAUAUUCUUUCAUAUCAUUGGGUACCAGUUAGAUGCCAAUCUGAUGACGGUGAUGAGAAUAAUUCACGGGUGCUGUGUAUCACUGAUACAAACAGCAACAAUUCCGCCGCCGCCCUGUCUAUUGAUGCAACUUACCUUCAAGAAAAUGAACAUGGAUGGAUAAAUGCAGUUUGGGACAAACGUGAUCAGUUAUAUCUAAAGUGGACCUACAAUAAUACCUUCGAUGAACCUAUCGCUCAUUUCAUAAUUAACAUCGUAUCUGGUGAUGAUUCGUGCUACCAGUAUAUACUGCCUGGGACUGAAGAGCAUAUUAACUGCACUUAUUCUUAUUUGGUAAAGUUUACGAAUAAAUGUUACUCUACCGAUUUAACCAUCGUCGUUACGGCCCUUUCAAAUGAUGCAAUAUCGCUAGAAUUGCUAAACGUAUCAAGUCCGCCUAGAAAGCCUACAUUUGAUUCAACUGUAAACACAGCAAACAUAACAACAAAUACUAUGCUCUUUUAUAUUCCUCGCCAGAAGUGGAUCGAAAGCAAGCCUCCACACGACUUGAGUAUCUUUAUUUACGUAAUUUUGAUCGAAACAAACUCUGAAACAAAGCUUACCGACGAUGUCGUAGACAAGGUACUACACGCGGGGAAGACUGGCAAUACCUCCACGUCCACAUACUGGAUAGCGGCAGAGUUUCAGCACAAUACAACAGACACUAGACGAUUAUUCCUUAUUGGAGACGAGUCAAUUGCUUGGUCCCAACGCUUAAAUGUUACCAUAAAAAAUAGACUACUAAGACCAAAUACCACGUACACAAUCACAACCGUACUAAUAAACGAGUAUAAGCAAUUUCAGAGGUAUUCCGUUUACAAGUUUACCACUAGCACCGCACGGGAGAGAAAGGGUUUCGUUAUGCAACCGAUGCAUAUUAUAAUGAUCAUUUUAGUUAUCAUUAGUUUACCAUUAGUAGUUUGCUGCUUUCUAAGGUUAAAACGAGACGAGUGUACCUUGAAUGAUUUACUUUUGUGUUUUGUUUGUAGUACUGCUUGUAUCUGUCGCUCAAGUUGCGAAUAAAAAACUUGGAAACCGA